AUGCACUACGGUCGAGGCGGAAGUGUCGGAGACGCCAGUUCGGCGAUUGCAGGUGGAUUCCCCAGUCCUCUUCGCUCUCGUGGCUCUGAGGCUACGAUUCUGAAUACGCCGACUCGCCUCCCGACACAUCUUCCGUGGCGCACCGACAAGGCAACAGCAGCAGCAGCAGCGGCGACAUAUCAGCAUCAUCCAACUGCGUACGCACACACGCCGCCCUCACUAGAGAUGACUUAUGCAAACGGACAAAUGAUCCACAGUGGUACCCCUGGUCCUUACUAUCCGCAUUCGUCAUACACGAACCCAGCGGCAGCUGCUGCAGCUGCAGCAGGAACCCACGAGGCGGCGGCCUAUGCUCCUUCGGCUGGCAGCUAUGCAUAUUACGAAGAGGAAAAACCGAAUACCAGGGAUUAUCCAUCGCCUAACACUGCCCGGGCAUUCGCCGCUGGCCCAGGUCAAACGACUUGGGCACCUUCCUACGGCGGAUACAAUUCGUCGGCAUCGUCACGACCACCCCGACAUUCGGAUUCGCCGCCACUGUCGCCAAUCGACACCAGGCAUGCAAGCUAUUUCCCAACGAAUGGACGUGAUUACCCUCUGAGUGCGGUCACAUCAAGUUCUGCCGCGAGCGGAAACGUUCCGUCCUCUCCAACGACUCCCAGCAGCCUUAGCGACUCGCCCUCGACUCCGUUCAGCCCACAAUACGCAUCUCCGUACGGACAUGGUCAUUCCCACUCGCACUCUCAUUCUGCAUCGUCGACGGCGAGUGCGAGCGCAUAUGUCCCAGGCAUGCCAUUACCGCCGCUCAAUUCGUCUGGAGGUCAUUUUGUGCCACCAAGUGGUGGCGACUAUGCUGUUCCAGCAACAUCCAGCGCGUACUCUACCACUCAAGGAUAUGGACGAUCGUCCCCACCUGAGACUCGCCUUCCUCCACCGGCGCCACAAGUACAACCCUCUGGACCAACACCAGUUGUGACCGCUGCUGCACACCAACAACCAAACCCCUUUGCCGGUCCCGGGUUCGCAGCGCGGCCGUUCUUGUGUGACGACUGUGGGAUGAAUUUCGCCAGAACGCAUGAUCUCAAACGUCACCAAACCACUCACAUUGCAGGCGUGAAGAAGACGCAUCCUUGCCCUUACUGCGGGAAGAAUUUGUCGCGCCGUGAUGCCAUUAAACGACACGUGGUCUCCAAGCAAUGUCCAGUCGCUGCGGAUAAACCGCAUCUGACCUGGCCACCACCAGCUGACCACGUACCACCUCCUCCUGACACGGUUAUCGAACGUACGACGCAUCGUCGAGGGGAGAACCCGUACCCUGUCCUCUCUUCGAACACGAGCGCGAGUGAUCGUAGCCACAGCGCGGGAUACUCGUCCUCGCCUUAUAGCAGUACGAGUCCGACAAGUCCAGGACCUAGUGGUGGACAUUUCAGUCCGAGUGGCUACUCGUCGUACGCUGGUGGUAACGCUGGUGGGCAUACGCUUCCGCCUCCUGCUGGCUAUGAAGGUGGGGGUGUCGUAUUCGAGUACGACCCUCGUUCGAGUGGCUACAAGGGAAGGUGA